CCCAUUUACCCGCGAAGCAGACAGCGCUUCCGGUAGUGUCAGACCUCAUUAUAUGUCGAUUUACGCCACCGUCGAAGACAGCAAGAAACUGCUAAUGCAAGACCUAGACACAGCAAGCCAUGGCGGCGAUUCGACCCCGUACUGUCGGUGUCUGUCUGGGAGAAUCUUGCGAUUUCUCGGCGAUGUCAGACAGCUGGUUCUGGGGAGAGAGUAAUAUCCAGCAGCUCAUGGGAGUGCGUCACAAGUGGGAUCCCAAGCAGUAUCUUAUAGCUGCGCAUUAUUGGCAAAAGGAUGCGAAUCUGCAUCGGUGAUGCCAUGUAGCUUGUCCGGGAGGGUGCAGUGUACUACUGCCCAGUAUCCCAUAGAUUUCCGAGCGGCGGUUUGCAGCUAUGCAUAGUUGGCCAAUGGAUGAAGAUGUAACUACGUAGUAUAAAUGAAUUUAAUUUUUAUUUCUUAUCUAUCUCGAUAAUUGAAUAGUCCGCUUUACGGGUUGAUUGUUUGGGUG